AUGGAGCGUGUGCAUUUACACACGGGCUUCCUAGAGAUGGCACUGCUCUCCAGCGAGCCUGAGCGCCGUGCCAUUGCACAGCACUUGAAGGAUACUGAUGCACGAAGACAGGAGUCCCUUCUACCAUCCAUCGUGCCCCAGCAGCUGCCUGACUGUUUCCAGAACCCCUCCCAAAUGGCUCUCCAGAACGUCUUGGGCAUGGACCUCCCGCCGCAGGCCCCCAGCUGGCCCCUGCCACCCCCCGGCGGGAGAGUGGCGCCCCUGCCGUUUCCACUGUCCCACGGCACCACCACGCUGGCCUUCCGCUGCAGCCAUGGGGUGGUGGUGGCAGCGGACACCCGCGCUUCGAGCGGGAGCCUCGUGUCUGACCCGUCCGCCCGCAAGGUCAUGACCCUCCACCGCCACCUCCUGGCGACCACGUCUGGGACAUCGGCCGACUGCGCCUCCUGGUUGCGCCUGCUGCGGUGCUCUCUGCGCCUGAGGCAGCUCCACGGCGGGCGCCAGGUCAGCGUGGCAGGGGCCGCCAAGCUGCUGGCUUUCCUCUUGCGGGGCUGCCGCCACAAGGACUUGUGCGUGGCCACCGUGCUGUGCGGAUGGGACGAUGGCGGGCCUGCUCUGCGCUACGUCUACAGCGAUGGCACAUGCCUCCAAGGAGACCUGUUCGCAGUGGGCUCCGGGUCUCCCUACGCCUACGGGGUGAUGGACGGCUCAUACCGCUUCGACCUACCACGCGACGAGGCUUUCAUGCUGGCCCGGCAGGCUGUGGCUCACGCCGCCCACCGAGACGCCUACUCCGGGGGGAACGUGGACCUCUACCACGUGCGGCCAAGCGGCUGGGUGUGCGUCUCCCGGGAAGAUCUCGGCCAGGUCUAUCGGGGCUUGGGGCCACUGGGCGAGGGCGAGGGCGACACUAAAGAAAGGCACCGUGGAAUCGACUAG